AUGACAAUCAAACAAGCAAUUAGAGGAAAAAAAGUAUUAUUUGCAGGAGAACAAACAUUUAGAGAAUGUACUAUAUUGAUUGAUCAAGAUGGAGUUAUUUCAGAGAUCAAGGAAUACCAAUACGUACUACCAGAGGGUGUAGAGUUGAUUAGAGAUUGUGCAGACAAUGAAGUUUUGAUGGGUGGUUUGGUCGAUAGUCACGUGCACGUCAAUGAACCGGGUCGCACUGAAUGGGAGGGUUUCCAUUCGGCUACACAUGCAGCUGCUGCCGGUGGGGUCACUACCAUCAUUGACAUGCCACUCAACAGCUCACCCGUCACCACUUCCUUUGACCACUUGCAAACCAAGAUCCAGUCGAUGGAAGGCAAGUGUUUUGUAGAUGUGGGUCUGCUUGGAGGAAUCGUCCCCGGCAACCUCAAAGAGAUCAAGCGAAUGAUUGUAGAGGGUGGCGUGGUUGGAUUCAAGAGCUUUAUGGUGCAUUCGGGAAUCGAUGACUUUGAAGCAGUCAAUCAAGCCGAUAUCCAAGCCGCGAUGGUUGUCAUGGAGGACUUGAAACAACAGAAAAAGGAUGUGGUCAUGAUGUUCCACGCAGAGAUUGCUGAACCGAUCGACAAGGCCUGCGAAGGUCUCAAAGACAGCGACCCACAUGCCUACAGCACCUUUUUGGCCAGUCGUCCAAAAGAAUCAGAGAAUCAGGCAAUCGACUUGAUCAUCGAGUUGACCAAGGUGCAGCAGGUGCGUACUCAUAUCGUGCAUUUGUCGUCGUCUGACGCUAUUGCCAAUUUGCGCAAGGCAAUUGUAGAGGACAAGCUACCCAUCACCGCCGAGACUACAUUCCACUACCUCUUUUUCGAGUCGGAAAAGAUACCAGACGGCAACACACUCUACAAGUGUUGUCCACCCAUCAGAGAAUCAGAGAAUCGUGAUGAGUUGUGGAAAGCACUUGACGAAGAUAUCGUCGGCUUGGUUGUAUCCGACCAUUCUCCAUGCACCAUCAAUCUCAAGUUGUUAGAGAGUGGUGACUUUAUGAAAGCAUGGGGUGGUAUCUCUUCACUUCAACUUGGUCUCAGUAUCGUGUGGACUGAGUGCAAAAAGAGAGGUAUUCCAAUGUACCGUCUGACUGAAUGGAUGUCUGAUGCUCCUGCACGUCUCGUCAACCUAAAUGACAAAAAGGGGUCGAUUGCAGUUGGUCGUGACGCCGACUUUGUCGUCUUUGACCCCGACCAAUCGUUCACGGUCGACCAGUCACAACUCUAUGUCAAGAAUAGAGCGUCUCCCUACCACAGCUCUACACUCAACGGUGUCAUCCUCGAGACUAUCUUGAGAGGUCAGGUUAUCUAUAGUGUCAAGUCUGGACAUGCCAAACAACCACACGGACAACGUGUAGUCCCCACCAACAUCCACAGUAAUCCUACCUACCCAUCACCCUAUCUUCCUCCCAUCGCACGACUCAACCAAAUGGAUCGUGACAACUUUUUCAACGUCGUCCACUUGCUCUUUGAGACUGCUCCACCCCUUGCCAACGCUCUCUACGAUGCCCGUCCAUUCUCUAGUUACAACGACCUUAUCGACGUGGCCGACACUAUCAUUCAAAAGUGCUCCGACCAAGACAAGAUACUCAUCAUCAACGCACACCCACGUAUCGGUGUCAAUCCAGCCGACAUCAAGACACAAUCAACCCUCUCAUUCCGCGAACAAGGUUGUGAUAACGAACAACUAAAUGAAGAGGUCGAACGUGUCUACCAAGCACUCCAACAAUUAAACGAACAAUACGAAACCAAGAAUGGAUUUAAAUUUGUUGUAUUUGUAGCUGGUCGUCCAAAAUCAGAGAUUGUAAAGGUACUAGAACAACGUCUACAAAAUAAUAAUACUAUGGAUGAAUUGAAAAUUGGUCUCUCUGACAUGACCACAAUAGCUAGAGACAGAUUAAAAAAAUUAAAUUUAUAA